AUGAGGCAGACAGGCGAAUCGUACAGGAGAGUUGAGAAGACAGGAGAACCGGCUUAUCAAAGCAUACACAAGGAAGAGAGGAGGACUGAAGGAAGAAGCCCUCGUGGCUUUGUGAUGGCUAAACCUCCAAUGAUCCAUAGGGUGCAGAGGAGACCAGAGGAGACGGAUCGCUCCGUCCAGAUACCUAGGGAGCCCAAGGGUAGGGAGGGAAGACACUUUUCCCCUGCUCGCCAGGUGAGGAGGGGUGGUAGCUCAGCCGAUUUGGAAGGUCAAGGUGCGACUGGAUGGAGGUCUACUACUAAGGGAGGACCACCAAAGGGAAGCUAG